UCGCCCUCAAUGCGCGGGAAGGCGUUGGGGCGAGCCUCCGGUGAGCAGCGCUGCCGGGUGCGCCGAAGCAAGCCUCCGCCGCGGCAGCUCCGGGCCCUCUCCAGGCUACUGGGCGACGCAGCCUUAAAACCCAGGUGGAAAGGGGAGCUGGGGGCCGGGCCGAGCGGGAUAGAGGAAUCAGCAGCCCCGCAGCGCGGGCGGAACGUGGAGCGCGGUUCCUGGCGCCGGCCGGGCUCGCCGCGGUGCACAACCCGGCGCCAGCGGCGCCUCCGAGCAGCCGGACCCCGGCAGCAGCCGGCGCGGCGGAGAGGGAGGUGUAGCAUUAUUCCAGGAUCUCUGCCAUGGUACUUAAGGUCUUUUUUCCGUCAUGCUGCUCCUCAGCAGAAAGUGGAAUUUUGAUCGGCCGCUGGAUCUCAGAACAGAACUCUGCUGUUAUCCUUGCCGUGGUCCAUUUCCCUUUUAUUCCUGUCCAGGUGAAGCAGUAUCUCAGUGAAGUCCAACGGGUGACAAAAGUCAGUGUUUCUGUGCUUGGCUCAUGGAGCAACAGCAAACAGGAGAAAGAAGAGAGUCUGAGUGAGUUCUUGGAAGAUCUUGGGACAAUAUUCUCCCAUGAGCCAUGGAUUCAGAUAAGCAAAGAAGGAGGCAGCAAAUUCUGGAGCUGUUCUACCCUUCAGAAACACUCCAACAACCCUAAGGAGGAAGAAAUCAUCUUAGUAUACUAUGACCAGCGCAAAGUCAUGCUUUCCCACCUACAUCCCCCUUUGGACACAGCUACCUCCACUGACCACCAGGCAGACAAUGCUUCAAAGCUCUCUGCCAUCUUCAAUACAGUCGCAAAGAGUAAGGUACUGUUCAUGACAGACAGAUACGAUGAUGGGCCCAUCAAGUUGACGCACUGGCAGUCAGAUGGCGUUGAAGCUAGUAUCAUUGUGGAGCUGAUGAAGCAGGCCUCUGUGCCUGUGUGCAUGCUGCUGACAUUCCUGCUUUCACUUAUCUCUGGGAUCUGCAGGAGCAGGGUGCUGAAGUUUUGGCCUUUGUCCUUCUUAUGGAGCAAACUCUCAACUUGUGAGCAGCUGGGGCAUCGCCUGCAGCACCUCCAGAUCAUCAGCAGCAACAAGAAAGCUCAAACCCAAACUCAGCUAAUGAGGAAAGCCAACAUCUUUGUCUCCCUGCUGAUUGAUGUGACCCUGGGGAUACUGCUGAUGUCCUGGCUGUACAGAAAGAACCGAAUUGGUCAUCUCGCUGACGCUCUCAUCCCUAUGGCUGAUCACAUAGCUGAAGAGCUCCAGGACUUGCUCCAGUGGCUAAUGGGAGCACCAGCUGGACUGAAAAUGAACCGAGCUUUGGAUCAGGUUUUGGGCCGCUUCUUUCUUUACCACAUCCAUCUUUGGAUUAGCUACAUUCACCUGAUGUCCCCCUUCAUUGAGAUGAUCCUCUGGUAUGUCGGUCUGUCAGCUUGUCUGGGCCUGACCGUGGCACUCUGCAUCCUCUCUGACAUCAUCGCCCUCCUCACUUUCCACAUCUACUGCUUCUAUGUCUAUGGAGCCAGGCUCUACUGCCUGAAGAUUUAUGGCCUGUCAUCUCUCUGGCGCUUGUUCCGUGGGAAGAAGUGGAACGUCCUCCGGCAGCGGGUGGAUUCCUGUUCCUAUGACUUGGACCAGUUAUUUAUUGGCACUUUGUUGUUUACAAUCCUGCUGUUCCUCCUGCCUACUACUGCACUGUAUUAUUUGGUGUUCACCCUGCUCCGUUUGCUGGUGGUGAUUGUGCAAGGCCUGAUACACUUGCUAGUUGACCUGAUUGAUUCUCUGCCUCUUUAUUCAAUCGUCCUUCGGCUCUGCAGAUCCUACAGACUCGCAGCUGGUGUGAAGUUCAGAGUCCUUGAGCAGCAGGAUGGAAAACCUCUUCGACUCCUUAUGCAGAUCAACCCUCUAUCAUAUGUCAGUGUGGUACAGACAUACAGGCUGCCAACCUACAGCUGUUACCCUAAGGAUUCCUGGACAUCUCUCUGCAAGAAGCUGUUCCUUGGAGAGCUGAUCUACCCUUGGAAACACAAAGGAGAGAAGCAAGACUAAAGGCAGGAAAAGAGCUUGAAAGACUUGGUCAGAAAAACAUACUGAAUCUUAACGCUAUCGGACCAAAGGCAUCUCAGAGCCCACAACUGCUGGAUCCCUUUAGUUAGAUUUUGGUAACAUGGCAGGAGCUGGAUUUUUAAAGGCAAGUAUUUUUAAACAUUAUUUUUGAACUUUCCUCUUCCCCUACACUCUGUUUGUGUAAUAUGCUAAUGAUUAUUUUUGAAGGAAAAGGUUAAACCCACCAGUGCCUCCUGGAACCAGCAUUUAGUGUCAUCAAGGAAGUACCUCCCGAAUGGUUUGAUAAUGUACAUAGCCUUGCAUGUAAGCUCACAGGGCCAUAAUAAAACAGCCCUUCAGGUGGUUCAAAGCCGCAAUGCUGAGGUGCGUUCUGCCAAAGGGUAUUUUGGACCUUUUAUGCUUCAGCCUUCAAGCCAGCCGAUCAAAACCAAGGUGAAGGAUCAGCUUGUGUAGAGUCAUACGCUGAAAACUGUACAGCAGGGUUAUCUGGGUUCAUGGGAUAUUUAUUCUUUUCCUCUUGGGUGGGCUUGGAUUUGUUCCCACUGCAGCACCAGAGGAGGUGUUAGGCAUAGAAGCAGCAGGGCUGGAGACCCAGAAACACAGACUGCUGUACGUUUGUGCCUAUAUGGUCUCACCUACAUUUUUCAAAAGCAAAUAGUGUUUUGGGGAGAGCUGAGCCCUGAGCCAACACCAGAACUGAAGUGCAGAGCACAAAGCCUCAGACCCCAGACUGCUCAGGUUUACGUGGCAGUGAGCCGUGCUAGCUGAGAGCUCUGGCCUCUGCCAAGGCUCAGGGCUUCUUUGCUUAGUUUCAGUGUAGGGCAAACGCAGCUUUGCUGAGUCCAGCUCCGGCUGGUGUGUCUGCCAAAGCACUACAGCAGCCCAGCUUGUUACCCACCUUGACCAGUUCAGGGAAGCGUGUGCUGCACUCCCUUACAGGGUCAGUAAAUCCCCCUGACUCAGGGCCCAGGAGAGAGCCUCGUCAUGUAGUGCCUCAUCUUUUGCACUUUCUGAUAGUCAAGGAGCUCUUAAAGUUAUCUCAGAUAUGAGGCAUUUAAAGCCACCUCUUUCCCUGAAACUGUAGACACGUUUCUCUUAGGAGAGCUUCCCAGCUUUGAUACUACCUCCACAGCGGAGCAGUGCUCAGCUUUUUGGUGUCCCAGUCUGAUUGUGUGCUCAUUUUGAUGUAAGUCCUCUAUUCUCUGUCUCGGGGAGAGUGUCUCUGUGCACAAGAGUGCGAUGUCUCACUGGGUACUUGUUUGUUGUGUAGACAUUUACCUACAAUCGUUACCCAACAGCACGCUUUCUCCAUCUCUGCUAGCUCCUCUUGCCCCAGAUGAAACAAUGAUGCAGUAUCGCCGUCCCCUGCUGCCACUUUGCAUACGCAGAGUGACUGCAUUACCUGGCAGGUGAGAGGUGUCCUGGAUCCUGCUCCCUUUUCCUCUGUCUGUUCAAGGAACCAAGGGUGGAGGAGGAAGAGGAGGAUGUGUUGUGGCUGCAUUGCUCAGCUCUUCUCACAAGGGCUGCGUCCAUAUUCCAGUGGGUGUAGGUGGAGGUGAGGUAAGCCAAGGAGCCACACAAGCUGCCCUGGGCUUUAGUAGCCUUCAGUCAGCACCUCCACUGCCAGGAUAAGGGUUUCCUACCGCAACCCCUUGUCUCAUCCAUGUACUUGGAGCUGUUGCAGAAGAGAAGGGGUUAUGGCCCUAGGAACAUAGGCUGCUUUAAGGUGUCCCUCACCAGAUAUAUUUAGUUCAUCUGUAGCUAAAAGCCUCUUCAGUCAUAGAUUGAUCAGGAGGAAAUGAAGGUCUAUAAGAAGGUGCUUGGUCCAGACAUUCCUUAGCAGGCAAACAUAGCUGCCAAGGUCUUACAGUUUUCUUAAGGACAUCACGAAGGGAGGCAGUAUUAUAUGGACACUGCUACACAAAGAGGAUGUCCUGUUACCUUGAUCUAGGGAAGAAGGGCACAUCAGUGAAGAAAGCCAGUGUGGCAAAAGCCCCGCAUUACCAUCUGCCACCGCAGGCUCUGUGUGGGACAUCACCAGCUGCAGAAAUUGGAGAGAUUCUUGGUCUUCCCUAACAAUCAGUGCUUAAAACUCAUGUAGUCAUGUACUUUCAACUCAUGUAGUCUCUUGGAAUAUUGAUGCCCAAGUAUUUCUCUCCACUCCAGGUGUGGAUAACUCCAGGUUGUGAUCCAUUUAGUGGAUGAAUGGUCUGAUUAAUGUUUCUCACUUCAGCUUAAGUCAGAGUCAUGGACACCCAUCCUUACCUGGUACUCAGCAGAGCAGAGUUCCACUUUACCUCCCUGUCAUGUUUCCACUAGAGUUACUAAAUUAUAUUCCCCCUGCUUCCUCCCACGCCUGCAUAGUUUGGUUUACUAACUGCUGUGAGAAAUUUUAUUAUUUUUGGUUCUUGUGAAAAUAAUGUUCCUAAUAUCCUGGCUUUUAAAAUCUUUCUGUGAGACCAAACAGCUCACAGUGGUCGUAAUCAUGGCUGUCCUUUGGGAUCAAGUGACCUGAAAGCCCCAAGGACAGCACAGAGCCAUGAAAACCAGCAAAUGUGACCUUCCUAUUGGGAACUUGCCAAACAUAUUAGAUGUUCCAGUGCUGAGUCUGUUUACUAAGGCUGAUACCGACUCCAGGGAUGGUGAAAUAUCAAACUGAGAAAAAGCUCCUCCUCAAACUCUGAAUCUUCUGCGACACAGAGGACGUGAGUAGCCCAUCUGGGAAAUGACAGCCCCUUGUGGGUGAAGUUCUCCUGUGUCAGGCAGCACCAGUGCCUGAGCUGUUUUACUGUUUCUCAUGCUCGGUGUUCUCCUUGCCUGUGAUGGUAUCUGAGCCUAUGAGUUUCUUCUGCUGGAUAUUUGCCACAUCUCUGCUCUUCCUUUCCAGUUGCUGCUGUGAAAUAGUCUUCCCCCACCCUUUUCCGAUUCUGCGCAGAGACAUUACAACAACUUAGCAGACAUCCUGCUCAGGAACAUUUGACCUUAUGUCAUCUCCCUAAUUAGAAGUCGGGAUCAGCAUCAUCUUUCACAGCAGCACGGGCUGGCCUAGCGCUGGCGUUUCCUCAGGGAAGAGACUGCUGGGAAGGUUAUGGCUCUAACUUAUCCUCAGAUCCGUGUUAUCCAUAUCAGUCCUUGGAUCAGAAGUAGUUAAAGUUUUCAGAUCUUUUCUGACUCCUACCACACACACCUUAUAGCAGGCAACAAGCAGUCUUUGCCAACCAUCAUUCAAAGUCUGUAAUCUUGCAGACUUUUUUUAAUACUGCAUUUCCUUAUUAUUAUUUCUUCUACUUUAUGGUUCCCAGUGCUGGCACAACACUUAAUAUGUCUCUUUACAUAGACAUGUUUUUUGUGGAGGAAAAUGUGAUUCACUCCAUCCUAGAUAGAAAUUCUGCCUUUAAGAAAUACUUUCCUUUGCUAACCAGAAUAGCAUGUGAUGAUGCUGAAAGGAAAUCUUCAGUAAUUACACUGCACAGAAGGCUCUGGUUAUGGUUUUGGGAGUUUUCCCUCAUCCUGCAGCUCGACUGUGCCUUGUUCUGCUGGCACAUACGAAUAUCAGGCCCACAGAAAGAGCGUUGCAUGUAUGUAUAAUCUGUAUGUUGACUUGCACUCUCAGGAGUCUAAGGCAGGAAAAUUCCCUUCUUUGUCAUCAUGCAGAUAAUGAGUUGCUUUCCUUCGGCCCUGUGCUGCCUGAUCCUGCUGCCACAACACCAUCUUCUUGCUUAACUCAAGCCCUUAGUGAUUUAUUCUUUGUGCUCAGACCUGCUAAUGACACCAUCACAGAAUCACAAACUGGUGGAGGUUGGAAGGGGACUCUCAAGAUUAUCUGGUCCAACCCCACUGCUCAAGCAGGGCCACCCCAAGUUGGUUGCCCAGGACCAUGUCUAGAUGGCUUUUGAAUAUCUCCAAGGAGGGAGACUCUACCACCUCCCUAGACAAACUGUGCUAGUGCUUGGUCACCCUCACAAUAAAAAAGUGUUUCCUGAUCUUCAGGCAGGAUUCGCUGUGUUUCAAUUCAUGCCCGUUGCCUCUUGGCCUGUUGUUGUCUUACACUGAGCUAGGAGACACCAUAACUCAAAUAAAUUCAGCAAAUUUGAAGACUUGCAAUCCCAUGUUGUCUGUGUUCCCGAGCAGUCGUAUUCAGGGAACUGUUCAGCUGUCCUGUUGCCGUUUUGGGGGGUAUCUAAGCCCUCUGCGGUUAGAGAGGGUUGCCUGCUCAUUGAGUCAGUUACCUGACCUGCUCUUUGCCAGCUUUUCUGGACCUGGUAGCAGAGAGAGUGCUUGCUCUCCAGCUGAACUCACUGCCUGCAUUAAACAUAGAGUAGAAACUGUGGGAAAUGUGGAGCAGAAACCCCUAAGCUGGCAGCAUGCAAGUCUGCUUGGAUCGGGGAGCCGCCUAUGUGCAGUGCUCUUGGGCUCUGCGUGGGUAAUCGGUGGCAGCACAGAUGGGAUGUGUCUGGAUCUCAGCUGGUCCAUCCACACGACACAAGGCCACAGGGCUUACCAGCGAGUUCAGGAGCUUUUGGGUUGUAUUCCACUGUGCAGGAUAAACAUGUUUAGAGGAACUCAAACCUUAUGUGGGCAACUGAUCUGCCUUCCUGGAUGAGAAGGGUGUGCCUGUCACCUUUGCAUCUGGCUCACCAUGUCGCACUGGGAACAGAACAUCUGCCUGCAAGCGUCUGUCCCCUUCGACUCUCAGCUGGCAGCCUCAGUCCUACUCCAUGGCUGGGCCUGGGCCUCAAACCAAGAGAGCUCAGAUUCCCCAUUUAUUGUCUUAGCAAGCUGAAUAUGAGGAGGGUAUAUGCGAUUAUCAAUGCUGCAAGUGACAGAAUGUAAACCCUUCAUUUCCAGAUGGAUGAUGAGGCUCAGGAGCAGGUGGAAGUGCUGGGUGGCUGCUUGCCCAGGGAGGCUCUCGAGCCAGGGCCCUGCUCUAUGCUCACUGUGGGUGGAGUGGGCUGCACCCAUGCCUCCUGUCCGUAGCGUUAUUUAAACAUCUGGCACGGGGAAACUUCGUGAGAACUUUACAACUAUUGCAGUCAGUCCUACUGAUAAUGUUUUCAGUUUUUAAAUAAAGUAUUAUAAAAGAGUGUUGAA